AUGAGAACUGUCAACACACAGGGCGGAGACCACUGUGAAAAGUGUCAGGGCGUUUCCUUGGUAACAAACUCUCUGACGGACAAGCCCAGUCAUGUGACACCUGCCCCUGUCCUCUACAAUGCCUCCAACAAGUGUUUCUCCCGUUUCUACGGCAAACCCCAUGGUGAAUUGGCAGCACAGUGCCAGCCCUGCCGGUUGCCCAUGACAGACACGGACGCCCAAAUGCUGUUCAGCGACUGUGACGGGCUGACGGGAUGCAACUGCUCCCCAUGUGGCAYGGCGUCAUGUGACCCUCACACAGGACAGUGCCGGUGUAAAGCUGGUGUGACCGGACCCCAUUGUAACUGCUGUGAGGACGGUGCGUUUGGCUAUGAGUCGUGCUCCGGGUGUCGUCGGUGUGACUGUGACGCGGCUGCGGCCCUAGUCCAACCGUGUGACCCCAGGAACGGGUCGUGUGCCUGCCAGCCAGGGGUCAAUGGACCUAACUGUCACCAGUGUGCGCCUGGGUACUGGGACUACAGUCCUGAGGGCUGCAAGAAGUGUGAGUGUAGCAUGGGCGCUGUGACCCUCGAAAGGGGAGUGUCCACUGUGGAGAAGGCCUAACAAGGCAAAACAGUGUGACAGCUGUUCCCAUAGAUACAGUGUUCCUGUACAACACGGACAUGAUAUGACU